AUGGGAGGAGUCCCUACAAAUUGGAAGGCCCAGUGCCUUAAUCCCACCGCGUCUGACCCCAACAAGAUCGUCCCUGGUCUGCUGGCUGCUGGUGAGGCUGGCUCUGCCUCCGUCCAUGGUGCCAAUAGGUUGGGGGCCAACUCUCUGCUGGACUUGGUCGUAUUCGGUCGUACUGCUGCCGAUACUGUGGCCGAAAUCGUGAAGCCAAACUCACCGCCCGUCACUCUGCCUAAGGACGCCGGUGAGGCUACCAUUGACAGGUUCGAUAAGAUACGUCACGCCAAAGGCCCGGUGUCAACUGCUGAUCUCCGAAGCAAGCUUCAGAGGACCAUGCAGACGCGUGCUCCUGUAUACAGAAAUGGAGAUGACCUGAAAAAGGGGUGUGAGGAGGUACGUGAAAUUAUGAAGGAAUACAAGGACGUCGGCAUCAAGGACCGCACCUUAGUCUGGAAUACAGAUCUUAUCGAGACCCUCGAGCUGGAGAACCUUAUCACACAAGCAGCCCAAACGAUUGUAUCGGGUGAGGCCAGGAAGGAAUCCCGUGGAGCACAUGCCCGAGAGGACUUCACUGAGAGGGAUGACAAGAAGUGGAUGAAGCAUUCCCUGUCAUAUCAGACUAAGCCUCAUGUUGAGGAGUCGGAUAUCGUAUUGAAGUAUAGGCCAGUGGUGGAUCAGCCUCUAGACAGCGAGAUGCAUCAUGUACCUCCAGCCAAGCGAGUCUAUUAA